UCAUCGUCAUUCAAAGUUGGCCUGGCUCGAUCGGUUUCAGUUUGUGAAACCAUUUCAGGUGGCACAACCAAAACGUUUUCGUUAAAACCAUAUUAAUAUAUUCCUUUACGUAUCAGUAGAACGAGUGUUAUAUGAACCCGGUCAACGGACAACGAAUCCGUCAACCUCUGGACCACCCUGCCGUGCCCAUGGCUGAGUAGUGAUUUGGGAGGGGGCAAAUCACCCACUGUCCUCCAACGUUCGAAUCCACUACAACAUUCAACCCUCCUCAAGCUGAUAAAACACGCCUUCCUAUGUUGACGUAGCCCCAUUCAGAUAACAGUCACACGAAGAAGGGAUGUGUCACUGCUCUUGCACAACUGGUUGUCAGCUGGAUUGUGGACAGUUUAUCAGUACGUAUGUCCUACAUGGAGAGAUAGUUAUCAUAUAGCACGGGUAUAGCACUGAUUCAUACACAUAUGUCAUUAUCGCAUAGACACAAAAGUUGUCCCGCUUAGAGUGAGUGUUUCAUUUGGCUGUGUCUACACAUCGAGAACCAAGUGACUCAGAUAUUGUUUGCUAACUGUGAGCGUGUGCCAAGUCCAAAAAGGGACACACACUAUAAUCAGGUUGUUGUUUCAACCACAAUGUUCAAAAUGCUGCUGUUAGUCACCUUUGUUUGCUGUGUAAGUACGUUAUUGGGUCAAGAGGAUGCGUAUCUUGACAUAGAACGGAACCACAGGCUAUUAAACGGGAAUUUUGAGUCUCAAUUUGUUAAAAACCUAGUCAUAGAUACUGUGUCGAAGAAAUUGUUUAGCAUCGGAGAAAAUGUGGACAUGAAAAGCAAUACCAUUCAAAGAGGGGAGUUUGAUGAAGAGGCUGAGAAUGCUCCCGUGGACGACAACACUCAGGGGGAAGGUAAUCUCCAUCAGAUGCUGGGGAGUCUUCAGGACACACGAGAUGUCUGUAACAACCAUACCCAGAACGUGAUCACUGGUGUUAUGGAAAACAAAGAGUGGGCUCUACAGAUGCUGGAUGCGUUCGGUAAGCCCGGCAGUGGCAUUCUCAAGGGAGAGCUCAAGUGGCUGGGAUCAUUUGAUGAAUGUAUGGGAGUCAUCACCAAUAGGACUGAGGUGGAUUUCGGUGCCACGUAUUGCAGAGCUCUCUUGCUGCCCCCCAAUCAGACUAAUCCUGCAGAUCCAACUCAGCUCGCCAUCACUCUCGGAUUAUGCAUGCCAGACUCCUGUACUGGACAGGACGUCUCCGCCAUCGCCACCGACCUGCUGAUGUCUCAGAACAUAUCCCUGCUGGCGAGUGUCACCUGUUAUGAGAAGGACUUCCCCCUUGACACCGAUGCCAUAGUCGCCAUUGUCAUCUGUUCAAUAUUUGGCUUGCUGGUCAUACUUGGAACCGGAUAUGACGUCAUAUUCAUUCAAAUGCGCAAAGGUAAAUUUGUUAAGUCAAGUGAUAAAUCCACUAGGGCGGCGACACCUGUUAAUGGCAGACAUACAGUUGACUCUGAGAAAGUGCCAUUGCUGUCGGAAUCAACCUCUGUGAGCAUUGAAAAUGCUGAGGCGGUACAAGAAAUUGGACAGGACCGUCGGCCCGACCAAAACACCGCCAGUAAACCACAAGAGCAAACAUCAGAACGUGUCCAUGGAUUCGGUAUCAAACUGUUGUUAUCAUUCUCUGCCUACACAAAUGGGGCCAAGCUUCUGGAUACGAAGCAAGCACCAGGGAGCCUGACAGCCGUACACGGGAUCCGCUUCCUCAGUAUGACCUGGGUUGUACUAGGACAUGCCUUCUCUAGUGUUCUUUCCAUGGCAUCUAAUCUUGCCCCCUUCAUCCAAGAAAGCGUCAGCAGGUGGACCUUCCACGGAAUCCUCAAUGCUCUUGUAUCCGUGGAUACAUUCUUCACAUUAAGUGGGCUGCUGGUCGCCUAUCUCGCCAUGAAGGAGCUGAAGAAAGGACGAGGAAAGCUGAACUGGGCCAUGUUCUACUUCCACAGAUUCUGGAGGCUGACUCCAGUGUACAUGAUGAUGCUGAUGUUUUACACAUGCCUGUUGCACUAUCUGGGAGAUGGACCUGUUUGGCCCCAGACGGGUCUGCAGAAGCAGCAGUGUAGAGACAACUGGUGGACCAACCUUCUUUACAUCAACAACCUCGUCAACAGGAACGACAUGUGUUUCUCGUGGGCCUGGUACCUGGCAAAUGACAUGCAGUUCUUCAUCUUGACACCUCUCAUUCUCAUCCCCCUCUUCUAUUCGGAGAUGCUCGGCAUGAUUGUGAUCGGCAUAUUCCUGGCUGCGACUCUCACGACUGCUGGUUUGAUAUCAAGGCUCGACAACUUACCCCUGGCUUCUUGUACCACGGAGGGAAACCAGGGCCUUGGGUAUUUCGCCGACUACUACAUAACACCCUACUGUCGGAUGGGUCCAUACAUCAUUGGUAUAGCCGCCGGGUAUCUCCUGUACAAAACCAACUGUACACUCCGCCUAAAUAAAAAAGCAGUGCUUGUCGGGUGGGCUCUGGCAGCUGCUUCCGCUCUCGCAGUGCUUUAUGGGCCGUACGAAUCAGCCAAUGGGACGCCGAUGCCGAGUGACGUGUCAGCAUUUUACAACUCGGCUCACAGGACAGUGUGGGGCGCUGCAGUCUGCUGGGUUGUGGUGGCGUGUGCAACAGGGAACGGAGGUUUCGUGAACACGUUAAUGUCCUGGUCUGGUUUUGUGACUCUGAGCCGCCUGACGUACUGCGCCUAUCUCAUUCACCCGAUGGUGAUCAUGUACCAGUACAUGACACAGAGGAGCCCGUUCUUCAUAACCGACGUCAACAUUGUGUUCAACUUUCUGGGAUUCCUCGUGAUUACAUACGGCCUAUCGUUUGUUGUCUCCCUUGUAUUCGAAGCACCAAUGAUGGGCUUGGAGAAGGCACUGUUUAAACGUGAACGACGCAACUGAACUGAAGAUAUCGUUGGUGAACAGUUACUAUGACUUCAUUUAUGCAUGUACAUUGAGUUCUUGGGCGAAUGGUAAUGGCAACAUUAUCUUUCAAAAUGUGCCCUCAUGCUUAAGGUUUUUCGGAAAUAUUCGAUUUAUUUUACACAAUAUCACAAAAUUUAAUGUUUUGCUGUGAAGGAACAUUGUAAAAAUAUUGUAUUCAUGUUCAGAGUUAUCAUUUUGCUGAACAAAGAGAAUCAUCAAUGUUUGUGAGAGUGGAAUUGUCACUGAUCGUGUCAGCAAGAGCGUCACUUCCAAUAAACGUUUUAAUGAACAAGAGGAUGUUCUUGGCCCGGGAGACGGAUUCACCCUGAUCGUUUGGUUGAACAGGUGGAUAUUCUGGGUUCGUAAGAGGGGUAUUUAACAAAUACCGUUAUAUUGAACAAACUUCAUGCUGGUGAUAUUAAUAGGUUGUCUUAAUCUUUAAUUGUAAUUAUUGUCUUUAGAUUGACAUGCACUGAGUACAGAACUGUUUUAAGUUUUCAUGAAACGCUCGCCCUGAGUAGCCUAUUGUUGAUGCGACGCUGAGCAAACAGUCCAACAUCUUGUCUCGAAGUAAAAGCUUGGUUCCGUA